CAUUUGUUGGCUCCAAAUAGUACUAAGGUUACGGAUUUGAAAGUGAUUGAUAAAGAUUGGCUUGCAUGCAUAUUUUUUUUUUGUUGUUAUUUAGAAAUAGUUGUAAAAUACGGAGCCUUUAAAUAUUUAUAUGGUUGUUGGUUGUAUGGUCGUACGGUCCUUGGUUGGUCUUUGCACGUAAAGGAACUUCGGUAGUUCAAGAUGCCUAGGACAAGGAAACAAGCACGGAAGACUUCCGUCACAGAUAAAGAUAUGAGGCUUGCAGAGUACCAAAAAUCAUAUAAACAUGCAAUCAAGACUUUUGAGGCUGAUGUGAAGACUAGCAUGGCAGUGCUGGAAUCGAUUUUAAAGACUUCUCGCAAACUUAUCUCCCGUGAAGUUGGUAACAGAUUGUAUGAAGAUGUUGUCAAAGAGAGCAUAAAGUUGGAAGAAACUCCUACAGUAGAUGCAAGCAUCACUUCCACUUGUGAUUCGGAAUUAGAGUCGACUGAAGUACAUUCCAGCACACUGCGGGGCAGUUUUGAUGCACCUGGUAGUACCUUCUCUUCGGAGGUGCCUGAUGCUGAUGCACUUUCAGACAGAACCAACAAACACAUUAGUUUUGCCACACUCCCGCCACCUACUGCCAAUAAAAAUUGGAAGACGCCGGCGGUGAACCACUCGGACAACAGCGUCAGCGUGGUGACUCCGAAGGUGAAGCCUGGGACGUGCGCCACUGUGCUACGGGUCCCCGUCCAGGGGGAGAAGGUCCUCUCCAUGAGGGGCAGCCCCAUCCUGGUGACCACUCAGAUUGGCCAGAACGUGGCCAACUUGAAUGUGCCCCUGCCCGACGGCCGGAUCCUGUCAAUCUUACCUGAACCAGUUUUGGAACUCUACGAGGACAUGGAAAUAGACGCAGUUACAAGGCAUAAUCUCCUCACCCUCCAAGGACACAUCAACUCGUUUCUCACCUUGACAAGCAAGCGGAAAUGAAGCAAUUUUAUCGGUGAUUUAUGCAUUUGGGCAUUUUACCAUUUGCCAAUUUGACAUGAUAUAUGACGUUCUUUGUGUUCUGUGAAUUUAGCAUUAGUUUUGUUUUUAUAUGCAGUCAUUCCUAAAUUAAGAUUUUUUUGUAGAUUGCCAUUUAUUACUUUAUAUAAACAUGCCCAAUGUUGAAGUAGCGUAUCCAUAUAAUUUAAUCCUUUUAUGUGCAGAAAAUUUGUGUUUUUGCAGGAAAGAAAGUAGAACAUGUUUUUUGCAAAAUUAUAUUAUUAUGUAUAUAAAUAUAAAUGUCUUUUUGAUAUUGUAGUGAAUCAUAAUUCUUGGAGGACUGGAUGUAUUUUACUGUUCUGAAAGAUAAGGUAGGAAUAGUGAAUCCUUUGAAGUGUCAUUCUCAUAGUUCACCCUUCAUCCAGUUUAUUUUUGUUAUUACUUGCCUCAUAAAAUACAUGUUGCUAUUUGCAUGACACGUGAGUUUUUAUGGUGAAACUUCUUGUAAUUGGGCUGCAGUUUGCUGUUUGCUCGUGGACUAAAACUUCUUGUUUUUUAGAAAGAUUUAAAACUUUGACUUACUGACUAUAAUCACCAUGUUUUAUUAUGUAAUGCAAUUGCCAUCUACAGAAAAAAAAUAUAUUUUUAAAUUUUUUUAAAUUUUUUUAAAUUAAUUAAAUAUCUAUAAAUCUAAGUUCAUGUUUACUAUGUUGUGAACACUUUUUAGCAUGGUGACCAUUUGUUAUUUCGGAACAACUAUAUCUAAAUUUUUCAACCAGGCACAUAAGGCAGUCUAAUCAAUAGUUCACUUGUGUUACAUGAUGUACAACUGCAUGUGUGAUGUACAACUGAAUCCCAGUUAAUGGCUACUAAUUUGGAGCAAUACUAAGCUAGAUAAUUUUUCCAUGUGUUGUAUAAGUUUCAUGGCUGAUGUACAGUUUAAAGUGUAAAGUAUGUAUGUAGCGACAAUUUACCCAGUUAAAGGUUUUAAAAUCUGAUGACCACACUAUUAUGGAUGAUUUAAGAUAACUGCCUAGUUAGCAGAAAAAAAAUCUUUUUAAACAUACUAUGGUGUUGAUGAUUUUUACUAAGUUGUCUUUUCUAUUUGACAAACACUGUGCUAUCUCUUCCUUUUUUAUAAUAAUUAGCCUUAGUUAAUUUAUCAAACCAAGGGCUGCAGUCCAAAGGUAACAUGGUGGAAGAAGCUAUGAAAGUAAAUGUAAUUCCUAAUGAAUAAAUUAAUUAAAUUUUAUAUAUAAACAAA